AUGCCUGUCCCAACUGAACCUGACCUGAAUGAUGAGGAACUGGGUGCACGUAAUACCUUCCAUAUUAUCAUCACCAAGGAGAAUCUAGAGAGUGGUGAGAUCCCUUCGAAUGCCUGGCACUGGGAGUUUGGAAAGAAGUUCAAUCAACAAUUGUACCCCAAUCAGAUUCCUGCCAAUGUAACAAGGAUUACCUUUGGAAGAGAGUACAACAAACCAAUUCUCGAAGGGGUCAUUCCAAACACUGUCACUGAUAUCCAGUUUGGAAUGGAUUUCAAUCUUCCUCUUGACAAUAUUCAUCUACCAGUGUCAAUCAAACGAUUGGUGUUUGGAAAUUUAUUCAAUCAACCUAUUCCUCCUUCUUCGUUACCAUCCAACUUGACAUACCUAUCUUUUGGAAUGAAUUUCAAUCAACCGUUAGCUGUUGGAUCCCUACCAUCUUCACUCAAGCAUCUAUCCUUUGGUCAUGAGUUCAACAAACCUUUGGACCUAGGUGUACUUUCCAACAACAUGCACACUCUGAUCUUUGGUACCAAAUUCAAUCAACCAUUGGCAGUUGAUGUCAUUCCUAGAUCAGUCUCCAAGCUAGAGCUGGGUUGGAACUACAGCCAACCAUUUCAUGAUACUAACAUUCCACCGACCAUCGAGACUUUAAAGUUGCACCAAGACUAUUUCCAAAACAACUGGCGGUUGUUACCAAGGUCCCUGUCCAUCAUCCUUUCAAUGUUCUACCAUGACUACUGCAUCAGAGUAUUCAGUGAUAAUAGUAUCCUAGCACUUACAGAGAGUCUAACUGGUGGAUUCAUAACAGGAAAUCAAGCCGAUAACUUGGAACAAUUCUACAAGUCACAAACAUUAUAG